UUUCGCCUUCCUCACUCCGAGCACACAGAUUUUACUGCCGGUAGAAUUGGCUGCUUACUGGAUCGAUCUGGUUCCCCUCUCUUCGCCAAUCCAACGACGAGCUUUUCCGUUGUUCAAGGGCAAGAUAGAGAUAGAGAGAGAGAGGGUCUUUUCCGUUGCUCGCGGGCUUGAGAUAGAGAGAGAGAGAGAGAGGGUGGAGAACCAUGGAGACGUCGGAGCUGCCCCGGAUCGGGAGCAUGAGGCGGAACGGGUCCCUGUGGCGUGGGGACGACGGCAUCUUCUCAUCGUCGUCGCGGGAGGGGUUGGACGAUGAGGAGGCGCUCAAGUGGGCGGCGCUCGAGAAGCUGCCCACCUACGACCGCGUCCGCCGCGGCAUCCUCGCGCUUAAGGAGGGUAGCCGCCGCCUCGAGGAGGUUGACGUCCAGAACCUCGGCUUCCACGAGCGGAAGGCCCUUCUCGAGAGACUCGUCCACGUCGCCGACGAGGAUAACGAGCGAUUUCUCAUGAAGCUACGGGACCGCAUGGAUCGAGUUGGAAUUGAUCUCCCUACCAUUGAGGUGAGGUACGAGCACCUCAGCGUGGAAGCAGAGGCACAUGUCGGCGGCAGAGGAAUGCCUACUUUAAUCAAUGCUAGCCUUAACGUGCUCGAGGGCUUCGCCAAUUUCUUGCGUAUUCUACCAAGUAACAAGAGAUCUUUGUCCAUCCUUCAUGAUGUCAGUGGAAUCGUCAAACCCUGCAGGAUGACUUUGCUUCUAGGUCCUCCAGGAUCAGGAAAGACUACUCUUUUGUUAGCGUUGGCUGGGAAACUAGAAUCUGAUCUAAAGGUUAAAGGGAAAGUUACUUACAACGGCCAUGAAAUGAAUGAGUUUGUCCCUGAGCGCACUGCAGCUUAUAUUAGCCAACACGACCUUCAUAUCGGGGAGAUGACUGUUCGGGAAACAUUGGCUUUCUCAGCAAGGUGCCAAGGCGUCGGUAGUCGUUAUGGCAAGCAUCGUCCAAUUCAUUAUGGAAACAAUUGCUUUAUUCGUGUUUCUGGAAAACUUUCUACUUACUCAGUUGAACUGGUUUUAUGGUUGAAAACAGAGAUGCUAACCGAGUUAGCUAGGAGGGAGAAGGAAGCAAACAUCAAGCCAGAUCCUGACUUAGAUAUAUUUAUGAAGGCAGCUUCCGUGGAAGGACAAGAAUCCAAUGUGAUCACUGAUUAUAUACUAAAGAUCCUAGGGUUGGAAGUCUGUGCAGACACCAUGGUAGGAGAUGAAAUGUUAAGAGGUAUCUCCGGUGGACAAAGAAAACGUGUUACAACAGGUGAAAUGCUUGUUGGACCUGCAAGAGCUCUAUUCAUGGAUGAGAUAUCAACUGGUCUGGAUAGCUCAACAACUUUCCAGAUAGUAAAGUCACUUAGGCAGUCCAUUCACAUUCUUGGUGGAACGGCUGUUAUUUCCCUCUUGCAACCUGCGCCUGAGACUUAUGACCUUUUCGACGACAUAAUCCUUCUCUCUGAUGGUCAGGUCGUCUAUCAAGGACCUCGUGAAAAUGUGCUUGAGUUUUUUGAAUCUAUGGGUUUCAAAUGUCCUGAGAGAAAGGGUGUUGCAGAUUUCCUGCAAGAAGUAACAUCAAGGAAGGAUCAACAACAGUACUGGGCGCGUCAUGAGGAUCCCUAUAGAUAUGUGCCUGUCAGAGAAUUUGCUGAAUCUUUCCAGUCAUUCCAUGUUGGUCGAGCUAUGGCAAAUGAACUCUCCAUUCCAUUUGAUAAGACCAAGGGCCACCCUGCUGCUCUUACAACAACAAAAUAUGGUGUUAGCAAUAAGGAACUCUUAAAAGCUAACAUUGACAGAGAACUAUUGCUAAUGAAGAGGAACUCAUUCUUCUAUGUAUUCAAGGCUUGUCAACUUACUUUCAUGGCAUUCAUUGCAAUGACAGUCUUCUUGCGGACAAAUAUGCACCGGGAUGAUGUAGGUGAUGGGGGUAUAUAUGUGGGUGCACUUUUCUUUGGAGUGGUCAUGAUCAUGUUCAAUGGGUUUACUGAAACUGCUAUGGUUAUUUUAAAGAUUCCUGUUUUCUUCAAGCAAAGGGACCUCCUUUUCUUCCCUGCAUGGUCAUAUGCAAUUCCAUCAUGGAUUCUUAAGAUUCCAAUUACAUUUAUUGAAGUUGCAGUGUGGGUUUUCACAACUUAUUAUGUCAUUGGAUUUGAUCCAAAUGUUGGAAGGCUGUUUAAGCAGUACUUGCUGCUACUAGUGGUCAAUCAGAUGGCAUCUGCACUCUUUCGUUUAAAUGGGGCAGUGGGUAGAAACAUGAUAGUUGCAAAUACCUUUGGGUCUUUUGCUCUACUAAUUUGCAUGCUGCUAGGUGGCUUUAUUAUUGCACGAAAUGAUGUGAAGAAAUGGUGGAUAUGGGGUUAUUGGAUCUCACCUCUUAUGUACGCACAAAAUUCAAUUUCAGUGAAUGAAUUAUUGGGUCACAGUUGGAGUCAUAACCAAACAGAUCCUCUAGGAGUACGCGUUUUGAGGGCACGAGGUAUUUUCCCUGAAGCAAAAUGGUAUUGGAUCGGUUUGGGGGCCUUGGUUGGUUAUGUAUUUCUGUUCAAUGCUCUUUUCACAAUGGCUCUUACAUAUCUCAAACCAUUUGGCAAAUCUCAUCCACCCAUAUCUGAGGAGACUUUAAAGGAAAAGCAUACCAAUCUAACUGGUGAAGUGUUGGACCAAUCAUCUAGAGGGAAGAAAUCUGAUCAACCCUCUUCAUCCAAGGCUGAUGGAAUUAUUAGGAAAGAUAGCACAAAUGCAUCUAGUGAUAUAAAUAAGAAGGGCAUGAUCCUUCCCUUCACUCCACUUUCCAUUACCUUUGACAACAUACAAUACUCUGUGGACAUGCCGCAGGAAAUGAAAAGUCAAGGUGUGGAAGAAAAUCGUUUGAUGCUCCUCAAGGGUAUAAGUGGUUGUUUUAGGCCAGGAGUACUUACAGCACUAAUGGGCGUCAGUGGUGCUGGAAAGACAACAUUGAUGGAUGUCUUGGCUGGGAGAAAAACAGGUGGCUACAUAGAAGGAAAUAUCACCAUCUCUGGUUACCCCAAGCAGCAGGAAACUUUUGCUCGUGUAUCUGGAUAUUGUGAACAAAAUGACAUACACUCUCCGCAAGUGACUGUAUAUGAAUCACUUAUUUAUUCUGCAUGGCUUCGAUUAUCUGCCGAUGUUGAUUCUGCAACAAGGAAGAUGUUUGUUGAAGAGGUCAUGGAGCUUGUAGAGUUGGCUUCAUUAAGAGAUGCACUUGUUGGUUUGCCAGGAGUAAAUGGGUUAUCGACUGAACAGCGAAAGAGACUGACUAUUGCUGUGGAACUUGUUGCCAACCCAUCUAUCAUAUUCAUGGAUGAACCGACAUCUGGGCUUGAUGCAAGGGCCGCGGCUAUAGUAAUGAGAACUGUGAGGAACACUGUAGACACUGGACGGACUGUUGUGUGCACUAUUCACCAGCCUAGUAUCGACAUAUUUGAAGCUUUUGAUGAGCUCUUCCUUAUGAAACGAGGUGGAGAAGAGAUUUAUGUAGGUCCACUUGGUCGUCAUUCUUGUCAUUUGAUCAACUACUUUGAGGGAAUUGAUGGUGUCAGUAAGAUAAAUGAUGGAUACAACCCAGCAACAUGGAUGUUGGAAGUGACUGCACAGGCACAAGAAGAUCAACUAGGGGUUGAUUUUAGUCAGAUCUACAAGAAUUCAGAACUUUAUCAGAGAAACCAAAAUUUGAUAAAGGAACUAAGCACGCCGCCUCCUGACUCGAGUGAUCUUUACUUCCCAACCCAGUAUUCUCAAUCUUUUCUCGUGCAAUGCAUGGCUUGCCUAUGGAAACAACACUUAUCAUACUGGCGGAACCCUCCAUACACUGCAGUGAGGUUCUACUUCACCAUAAUGAUAGCCUUGUUGUUUGGAACUGUGUUUUGGGACCUUGGUACCAAAAGGAAAACACAGCAAGAUUUAUUCAAUGCAAUGGGUUCUAUGUAUGCUGCUGUUUUGUUUCUCGGGGUCCAGAACGCUUCCUCUGUUCAACCAGUUGUUGCUAUUGAAAGAACGGUCUUUUACAGAGAGCGAGCAGCUGGAAUGUACUCAGCCUUGCCUUAUGCAUUUGGACAAGUUGUAAUUGAACUUCCAUAUGUCUUGGUCCAAUCAUUAGUAUAUGGUGUCAUAGUCUAUGCCAUGAUUGGGUUUGAAUGGACCGCUGUUAAGUUCUUCUGGUACUUGUUCUUCAUGUACUUCACGCUUCUCUACUUCACAUUCUAUGGAAUGAUGGCGGUGGGUUUGACCCCCAACUACAAUAUUGCGGCAAUCGUCUCGUCUGCAUUCUAUGGAAUAUGGAACAUUUUUUCUGGAUUCAUUGUCCCCCGACCUAGGAUCCCAGUGUGGUGGAGAUGGUACUACUGGGCAUGCCCUGUGGCUUGGACCUUGUAUGGAUUGGUUGUUUCACAGUUCGGAGAUAUAACAGAUGAGACACUCGACGAUUCAAAUACUACGGUGUCUGAAUUCAUUAGGAAUUACUUUGGAUUCAGACAUAACUUCUUGGGCGUGGUAGCGGCUGUGGUGCUCAUCUUUCCCGUGCUUUUUGCCUUCCUCUUUGCAUUCUCGAUAAAGACUAUCAACUUCCAGAGAAGGUGAGCGUUGUUGUGCUUAGGAUCGCAGAGUCCGGGAAGAUAAAAUAAAGACCUGCAAUGCAGAUAAUGCUUCUGCAUUCUGGCUCGUGCAAACCAAUGCCUGUGCAUUCUUGUUAUAAUAUUUGCUAAUAUAGAUUAUGGUCCUUUUUGCGUGUAUGUUUGAGUUCGGUAUGGUGUAUAUUAAUUUCAAUUCAUUUUUUUUUACUUGUCAACUUAAAUAUUUAAUACGAGAUACUACUAUACAUCUGUGUUUGACAAUUAA